GGCGACCUAUGCAUGACGUUCUGAUGCAACGUCCUAGUCGAGGAAGCCGCCGGUGCACGUUGGGGUGGUGACAAGGUGGCAGAGUGUUGGAGACGAUGUCCUUGGAGGUGACCGGGCCGACCGCCGGGAUGGUACUAGCAGAGCUCUAUGUCUCCGAUCGAGAGGGAAAUGAUGCUACAGGUGAUGGAACCAAGGAGAAACCUUUUAAAACGGGCUUAAAGGCUCUGAUGACGGUAGGAAAAGAACCAUUUCCAACCAUUUACAUAGAUUCACAAAAAGAAAAUGAGAGGUGGGAUGUUAUUUCUAAAUCACAGAUGAAAAACAUUAAAAAAAUGUGGCAUAGGGAACAAAUGAAGAAUGAAUCCCGGGAAAAGAAAGAGGCAGAAGACAGUUUGCGGAGAGAAAAGAACCUGGAAGAAGCAAAGAAGAUUACCAUUAAAAACGAUCCAAAUCUUCCCGAGCCAAAAUGUGUGAAGAUUCAUGCCCUAGGAGGAUACAAAGGCCAAAGAGUAAAGGUGUUUGGCUGGGUCCACAGGCUGCGUAGGCAAGGAAAGAAUUUAAUGUUUCUGGUAUUGCGGGACGGUACAGGCUAUCUUCAGUGUGUCUUGUCAGAUGAUCUGUGUCAGUGUUACAAUGGGGUUGUCUUGGCCACGGAGAGUAGUGUUGCAGUGUAUGGAACGCUAAAUCUGACCCCAAAGGGCAAGCAGGCCCCCGGUGGCCAUGAGCUGAGCUGUGACUUCUGGGAACUGAUUGGGUUGGCCCCUGCUGGAGGAGCUGAUAACUUGAUUAACGAGGAGUCAGACGUGGACGUCCAGCUCAACAACCGACACAUGAUGAUCCGGGGAGAAAACAUGUCCAAGAUCCUGAAAGCACGUUCUGUGGUCACCCGGUGCUUUCGAGAUCACUUCUUUGAUAGGGGGUACCAUGAAGUUACUCCUCCAACGUUAGUACAAACCCAAGUGGAAGGAGGUGCCACGCUCUUCAAGCUUGACUAUUUUGGGGAAGAGGCAUUUUUGACUCAGUCCUCUCAGUUGUACCUGGAGACCUGCAUUCCAGCUCUGGGAGAUGUGUUUUGUAUCGCACAGUCAUACAGGGCAGAACAGUCUAGAACACGAAGGCACCUGGCUGAAUAUACUCAUGUGGAAGCAGAGUGUCCUUUCCUGACCUUUGAUGAGCUCCUGAACCGAUUGGAGGACUUGGUUUGUGACGUGGUAGAUAGAGUCUUGAAAUCUCCUGCAGCGAGUAUAGUGCGUGACCUCAACCCGAACUUCAAGCCUCCCAAACGGCCUUUUAAGCGGAUGAACUAUUCAGAUGCUAUUGUGUGGCUGAAGGAACACAACAUAAAGAAAGAAGAUGGAACUUUCUAUGAAUUUGGAGAGGAUAUCCCAGAAGCUCCUGAGAGACUGAUGACGGACACCAUUAAUGAGCCCAUCUUGCUGUGUCGAUUUCCUGUAGAGAUCAAGUCCUUCUAUAUGCAGCGAUGUCCUGAGGAUUCCCGCCUUACAGAAUCUGUUGAUGUGUUGAUGCCCAACGUCGGUGAGAUUGUGGGAGGCUCAAUGCGUAUCUGGGAUAGUGAGGAGAUACUGGCAGGUUAUAAAAGGGAAGGAAUUGACCCCACUCCCUAUUACUGGUACACAGAUCAGAGAAAAUACGGCACGUGUCCUCAUGGAGGAUAUGGCUUGGGCUUGGAACGAUUCUUGACCUGGAUUCUGAAUAGGUAUCACAUCCGAGAUGUAUGCUUGUACCCACGAUUUGUCCAGCGUUGCAAGCCAUAACUGGUUCUUCCAGAAGCAUUAAGGAAAGAAUACAGUUUAUGAAAGGAACAGACUGCCUCUUUAAAAAAAAACAAAAACAAAAAGCCAGAAUCUUCCCUUUUUUAUUCCAUUGGUGUAUGGCCAUUUCUUUUUUCUCCCACAAAAAGCAAUCCAAAUCAUGUGAAUAUCAAGUGACGUCAAUGUUAGCAUUUUAAGGAACACUAUCCAUCCAUCACAAAGUUUGGAGGAACUAUGUGGUGUGUAACACUACGGUCAGAAGUCCAGUUCAGCAUUUUAUCCAAUUAUAGGUUGUAAUUUUUUCAUCGUCUGUAUCACAUAUAUCAUUAAGCAGAAUUUAAUUAUGAUCUAAGACAUUCCAGUAACCUAAUCUUUCCGCCCUGUUAAGUGUAACUGGAAUUCUUUAAUUUAUAUCAUUUUAUUGUAUAGGCAAGUUAUAACAAACAUCUUGAGGGAAAAUUGGCAAUGUGGUAUAAAAAAUCUGCUAGUAUUAGUGAAAUUCAUUGGUAGAUACUGGAAUCAAACAAAGACAGUUUUGCAUUGGUUAUUAAUCUUUUCUAAUCCUAUAGAGCUGCUUAUAAUUCUAAAGCAUACGAAUUGAUGUGGAGAAAUUAAAAAAAAAAUGGGAAUUUUGCGUUAAACAAUUUGAAAUGACAGCACAUUCUUUUUGUUGUUGUUGUUCUUUGCGUUAGUUUAAGCUAAAGAGGCAGAGUGAUCUCUCUUUCCUGGUAGUUUCUAAGUAAUUAAGAAUAAGUAAGUUCCAAAAGAAUUUGCAGCUGGAAUCUUAAUGACAGCUGUUUGUGGCCGUUUGACUCUUCCCACACUGUGACUUUAGAUCUAAUCUGCUACCUUAUUAACUCCCAGCAGGCUUAUUGAAUGGCUUCAUUUCAGAUUUGGUGAAUUUCUCUCCCAAAAUGCAUGUCAUGUAUUCUCAGUAGGCUGUAUUCCCAGCAAUCAAUAAAUGGACACACAUUAAAAACUA